AGCGACUCCAAAAAUAACGGAUUUGUCUUAUAUAUAAAGUCUCAGUCUUGAAUUAAGAGGACGAUGAUUCGAAUAGAUCAUUCCAUUGUAUUCGUCACUACCACUGUAUCAUUGGCAUCACAGCUUCCCUUCUCAUCAUCUCACAAACCCUGCUCAAAUCUGACUUUGCAACCAUGUCGAUCGUCAUGAACCAUAUCAAGGGCUUCCUAUCAGGAAACUCAAUGACAAACUCAUCGAACCAAUACUACUCAACAUCUGAAAAGAACCCAAACUCCUACCAAUUGCAAACUGCAUCGCACAAUGAUCCAACUCCCCCGCCCCAAUACUCUUCAGAACCUACCUGUGGCCAGCACACGCCAAAGCCAGUGAUCCUAGAAUUCCAGCGGCCGUCGCAGGAAGGCUACCGGAUAUCUCGGCCAGAGGGCAGGAAUGGCCAGCGAUUUCUAUAUCGCCAUGAUUGAAACAUUCUUUGGUCACUAGGAGCGAUGAUACCCUACCAACCAUUCUUUCUGUCUCUGGAGGGUUCAAAGUCUCUUAAAAUUGCUUUCAGAGACUUUGCGGAUAUCAUGCAUUUAUAGCGAGAUACCCCGCUGUGGGUACUGCUUCAGGCACCAUCAUCACUAAGGUAAAUCGGCGGAAAGACAGUGGGGUCCAGGGCCAACAUGAAAACGGAAGGAAAAAUCUGAAACUCGAAGGAAUAGGAAUAGAAUGGACAGACCAUCUCAACCUCGGUCCAGGAUUGAUCGGCAUAUAGGGUCGAUGCUACAGGGUGCGGGACCCUAACAAGGCUAUAAAUUAGAGUGUAACUGUAACGUCGAAACAGGGCUGAAGUUUCGUAUCAAUUGAACUCUCGUCAUACCCGUCCACUUUAAAAAACUUAUUUGGAGA